AUGACAUCGAAUUCAUUUAGUGGUCCCAACAAUGGAGCGCAGAUUGCGGUCAACUACGGUCCAAUCAAUCAUGGCUUGGCAACCGAAGCCUCCUCUGGCAGACGACUUUGUCUACGCGACCUCUUCAUAACUAAUCCAAAGGAGGAUAAGAAUGCAUUGAAACGCAAGAAAGGACGCCAUGCUGCCGGAACCUGCGAGUGGAUACUCCGCACGGAAGAGCUUAAUGCCUGGCUUGGUUCGGGACUGACUGUGGGUCCCGAGCGCCAGACGGCCCAGGUGCUAUGGCUCCAUGGUCCCCCAGGAACUGGGAAAUCGAUGAUGGCCGUGUACCUUGCAGAGAAUCUGCCGACAGGCUUGUCCACUGCGGAUGGGGAAACUCUAGUCUACUUUUUCUGUGACUCAGGCUUCGAUACACGGAAGACCGCGACUUCGGUUAUUAGAGGGCUGCUUUACCAGCUCGUUGAGCGGCACGAGAAGCUCUAUGAUUAUCUCCUACCAAAAUACAAUACACGUGGGGCAGAACUGUUCACGUCAUUCGACGCCCUCUGGGAUAUCUUCAUAGCUAUGAUAGCGGAUCCAAUCACGGGCCGAACAUACUGCAUCAUUGACGCUCUAGAUGAAUGUGAUCGAGAGUCGCAAAAUCUUUUAUUACAACAACUUGAAGAAUCAUUUCAGAGCCAAAAAGUCUCACCUCAUCUCCGGAUAUUGGUCACCAGUAGGCCAUAUUCCGAGAUACGCGAAACCUUGCAAAGCUUUCCGAAUAAAGAUCUGGCUACUUUCCCUCAAAGACAGAAGGAUAUGGAUCUCUUUAUCGAUGAAAAAAUAAAUGACUUAGCCGAAAGAAAAAAUUAUACCGAAAAGAUCAAGACACAGAUCCGCGAAAUCUUUCGAGAAAAGUCCGAAGGUACUUUUCUCUGGAUUGGCUUAGCGUAUGAGGAGCUUAAGGACAUUCCUUCCCAUCGCGUCAUCCGCGCGUUGCAAAGUAUGCCGCAGGGACUCAUCAAACUCUAUACAAAGCUUCUCGAGAUGGCUUUGGAACAGAGUGAACUGAGUGCUGAUGAAAUUCGACACCUCUUGAUUUGCGUGGCUUUGAGUUCACGACCACUAACUGUGUCGGAACUCUCCGAAGCAUGCCAACUACAUCUGGACGAAGACGACCGUGACACAAGGCUCCAGUUCACUUACGAGUAUAUCGAAUCCUGCCGCUUGAUGAUCAUUGUUCAAGACAAGAAGGUGCUUCUGUUGCAUAAAUCAAUAAAAGAUUACCUAGUUGGGGAUAGCUCGAAGCAUUUUAUUCAAAAAAGCGAGGGUCAUGCUUUACUUGCUUAUCGCUCUAUUGAUCUCCUCAUUCGGCAGUUCCACAGCGAGAAUCGACCAUAUACCCCCUUUUUAGACUAUGCUGCUCAAGAGUGGGCUAACCAUGCGCGCAUGGCUGAGUCGAAUUUCAAGGUCCAUUCUCCCCAAGCGGAGUUUUUCCAACUCGAUUCUCCUUGUCGGGAAUGGUGGCUGCAGCAAAUAAGAAAAUGGCCAUUAUAUGGUCUUAAGAGAAUUCCAACGAGGUUCUCCAUAUUUCACGUGGCUGCAGAGUGGGGGAUUUGCGCUUUACUGGACCCUGGCACCGAGUUAGGAGCACGUGGAACGGACGAAGAAAAGUCGACUUGUGCUGUUCAUGUCAAUUGCAAAGAUGAUUCGGGUAUGACGCCUCUUGAAUGCGCCGCGAGGUCAGGAUAUCCUAAUGUUGUUAUUGCCCUCUUGAACUGGGGAGGGAGGGUUACAAGGCAGGUGUUGAAGGCUGCGGCUAGGAAUAGGGAAAGCGGCAAAGAUAUGAUGGCACUCCUUCUUCACCGCUACGGAGACCAGAUCACUAUUACUGAUGAGGUGUUGAAGGCUACGGCUAGAAAUAGGGAAAGCGGCAAAGAUAUGAUGGCACUCCUUCUUCACCGCUACGGAGACCAGAUCACUAUUACUGAUGAGGUGUUGAAGGCUGCGGCUAGCAAUUGGGAAAGUGGCCCUGACGUGAUAGGACUCCUUCUUGAUCGCUACGGAGACCAGAUCACUAUUACUGAUGAGGUGUUGAAGGCUACGGCUAGAAAUAGGGAAAGCGGCAAAGAUAUGAUGGCACUCCUUCUUGAUCGCUACGGAGACCAGAUCACUAUUACUGAUGAGGUGUUGAAGGCUGCGGCUAGCAACUGGGAAAGUGGCCCUGACGUGAUAGGACUCCUUCUUGAUCGCUACGGAGACCAGAUCACUAUUACUGAUAAGGUGUUGAAGGCUGCGGCUAGCAACUCGCAAAGCGGCCCUGAAGUGAUAGCACUCCUUCUUGACCGCUACGGAGACCAGAUCACUAUCACUGAUGAGGUGUUGAAGGCUGCGGCUAGCAACUGGGAAAGUGGCCCUGACGUGAUAGGACUCCUUCUUGAUCGCUACGGAGACCAGAUCACUAUCACUGAUGAGGUAGUGGAGGCUGCGGCUAGCAACUGGGAAAGUGGCCCUGACGUGAUAGGACUCCUUCUUGACCGCUACGGAGACCAGAUCACUAUCACUGAUGAGGUAGUGGAGGCUGCGGCUAGCAACUGGGAAAGCGGCAAAGAUAUGAUGGCACUCCUUCUUGACCGCUACGGAGACCAGAUCACUAUUACUGAUGAGGUGUUGAGGGCUGCGGCUAGGAAUAGGGAAAGCGGCAAAGACGUGAUGGCACUCCUUCUUCACCGCUACGGAGACCAGAUCACUAUCACUGAUAAGGUGGUGGAGGCUGCAGCUGGUAACAAAGACUUUAUGACACUCCUUCUCGACCGCCGGGAUCACCUGAUCACUUUCACUGAUAGGGCUAAGGUGGUGAAAGCUGCAACUGGUAACUAG